CAGCCAGGGAUGUCUGUGCUCAUGACCAAAACAAAGCAACAAUGCCAGACUGGAUUCCAGCCCGGGAUGAAGUUCUUGGAGGGCAGAAAUGCGCCGAAUUUGCUGCGUGGAUCCUGCAUUCAUUAAUUCAGUGAAGUCUCGCGGUGUUCACACACAACCUCUCAGACAUCUCGCGUUUGUCAGACCGCUACGAAUCUGCCACACGCACGAGCAGAAACGCAGCAGAAUCCCAUCCGGCACUGCUCGAUCGCCAUCACAUCUUCACAUGCGGGGCUGAACUGAGUUUGCGCGCUCGAGACACCCGGAGAGGAUCGCGUGCGGCGUUAUUUUCGAAUUGUGCGUCAUUUCUGCAUUUCUGCGUUUCCACCCAGGCAACAUGGCAACACCCGCCGCUGUAAACCCAUCGGAAAUGGGCACGGAUCUGCCGGGACCAGUAGCCAUGCCAGGCGCUGUGGUGGGUGCGGGUCAGGUCAGGAUGGGGGGCGCCAUGCCAGGGCGAGGAGGCAAGCGGAGAUCAGCAGGGAUGGACUUUGAUGACGAGGACGGAGAGGGACCCAGCAAAUUUUCAAGGUAUGACUAUGAUGAUCAGACUCCCGGUGAUAAGGAGCGUUAUGCCAGAGAGAACCACAGUGAGAUUGAGCGUCGCCGGCGUAAUAAGAUGACCCAGUACAUCACAGAGCUGUCGGACAUGGUGCCCACCUGCAGCGCACUAGCCAGGAAACCAGACAAACUCACCAUCCUGCGCAUGGCCGUCUCACACAUGAAGUCCAUGAGGGGAACAGGGAACACAUCCACUGACGGCGCUUACAAACCCUCCUUCCUGACCGAACAGGAACUGAAACACUUGAUACUGGAGGCAGCUGAUGGCUUCCUGUUUGUGGUGGCGGCCGAGACGGGUCGCGUCAUCUACGUGUCAGAUUCUGUCACUCCCGUUCUGAACCAUCCGCAGUCCGAGUGGUUUGGCAGCACGCUCUAUGAGCAGGUCCAUCCGGAUGACGUGGACAAACUGAGGGAACAGCUGAGCACAUCUGAGAACUCAAUGACAGGACGUAUUCUGGACCUGAAGACGGGGACGGUGAAGAAGGAAGGACAGCAGUCCUCUAUGAGAAUGUGUAUGGGCUCCAGACGUUCCUUCAUCUGCAGAAUGAGGUGUGGCAGUGCUCCACUGGAUCAUAUCUCACUGAAUCGGUUGUCUAGCAUGAGAAAGAGAUACAGGAAUGGUCUUGGGCCGUCUAAGGAGGGGGAGGCGCAGUACUCUGUUGUGCACUGCACCGGCUACAUCAAGGCCUGGCCGCCAGCGGGCAUGACUAUUCCGGAUGAAGACACAGAAGCAGGUCAAACCAGCAAAUACUGCUUGGUUGCGAUUGGAAGACUGCAGGUGACCAGUUCUCCAGUUUCCAUGGAUAUGAACGGACUGUCUGUGCCGACGGAAUUCCUUUCCCGCCACAACUCAGAUGGCAUUAUCACUUUCGUGGACCCUCGCUGCAUCAACGUGAUUGGCUACCAGCCUCAGGAUCUUCUUGGCAAAGACAUUCUGGAGUUCUGCCACCCAGAGGACCAGAGCCACCUGCGAGAGAGCUUCCAGCAGGUGGUCAAGCUGAAAGGGCAGGUUCUCUCGGUCAUGUAUCGGUUCCGGAUGAAGAACAGAGAAUGGAUGCUCAUCAGAACCAGCAGUUUCACCUUCCAGAACCCUUAUUCAGACGAGAUCGAGUACAUCAUCUGCACCAACACAAAUGUCAAGCAGCUUCAGCAGCAACAGCAGGCCGAGCUGGAGGUUCACCAGAGAGAUGGACUGACUGCUUAUGACCUGUCACAGGUGCCGGUUGCCAGCGUCCCAGCUGGGGUUCACGAGGCAGGCAAGACCAUCGACAAAACCGAUUCACUGUUCUCGCAGGAGAGAGACCCGCGCUUCAGCGACAUGUACUCAGGGAUCUCAGGAUCUGAUAAGAAGAUGAUGGUGCCGUCCUCCACUGCUGGCGGCCAGCAGUUAUACUCUCAAGGCAGCCCGUUUCAACCCGGCCACUCUGGCAAGAGCUUCAGCUCAUCUGUGAUCCACGUCCCUGGAGUCAAUGACAUCCAGUCCACAGCUGGUUCAGCUGGACAGAACCUGACCCAGAUCUCCCGGCAGAUCAAUGCCAGCCAGGUGUCCUGGACAGGAAGCCGACCCCCCUUCUCCAGCCAGCAGCAGAUUCCCGCUCAGUCCAAUAAGGCCCAGUCCUCACCGUUCGGCAUCGGCUCCAGCCACAGCUACCAGGCCGACCCGUCCUCUUACAGCCCUCUGUCCAGCCCCGCCACCUCCUCGCCCUCUGGAAACGCCUACUCCAACCUGGCCAAUCGCAGCAAUGCUUUCGACGUGUCGGGUGAAGGCAGUCAGAGCGGAGGGCAGUUCCAGGGCCGGCCGUCUGAGGUCUGGUCUCAGUGGCAGAGUCAACACCACAGCCAGCAGGGAGGAGACCCGCAUCCUCAUCCUCAGUCCAGCCAGACCGAGGUCUUCCAGGAUAUGCUGCCCAUGCCGGGGGAUCCCACCCAAGGAACAACCAAUUACAACAUCGAAGACUUUGCCGACCUCGGCAUGUUCCCUCCGUUCUCUGAGUAAUCGCAGACUCUUUUGUUUGUUUGUUUGUUUUGGUUCGGUUCGGACUGCAGUAUCUUCAUCUCACAUGUGACACACAUGACGCUGCUGAAACACAUUUCUGCCUUCACACACACACACACACACACACACACACACACACUCUUGACUUGAUCACUUGUACACAAACAGUUAGAAACACACAGCGCUAAGAGCAAAAUAAAUAUGUUCCCAGUCUUGAUGCUCUUCUUUCAUUUAAUCAUCAUGUGAUGAUUAACUGAUGCCAUUUGUACAAAAAAAUUUACGCAAACAUCAUUUUUCAAAUAAAUUAGCAUUUACAGCCAAUUUUGUGAGCAGUAAAAGUGCAGAAUUAUUUAUGCAAAGGCAUAAUUUACUUAUAAUAAAGCAGCAUCAAUAAAAAGGCUAAUUUACAUAGAAAGCAGGCAAAUUAAUGCCUGGAUUGGGCAAAAUGUGAAUAUGACGCAUGAUGCAAGUUAAAGUUCCAGGAUUCACCCAGUAACCUCAAGUCAAGACUGUUCUCACGUACACGCAUAAAUAUAACAACGUCUUCUUUUUUUUUUCUUUUGUCUUUUUUUCUUUGACAUUUUUAUCGUACAAAAGUAUUUUCAUCUUUUGAGAAGCAAAGGAUUGUUUUCUUCACGUGUUGCACCUCACUUUUCGUUGCCAAACAGCAUUUCGCUGACAAAAAAACACGGAGAUAUUUUUACGCUUACCGUGUAAAAUGUAGUCUAUGUAGUGAUGUCUUUAACCUAGCUUAACUAAUAAUAAAUGUAGAUGGACAUAAAGACAAAAACAGUAUUUGAUUUGAAUUUAAAAUUUGCAUUUGCAAUUUUUUUUUUUUUUUUUUUUUCUUACAAAAACACUAGCAACAGUGUCCCUUUGUGAAGUAAUCGACCCCAGCCUCAUAUGAGCAGAUGCAGCAUAAAUAUCAAGCAUUCCGCGGUGUUCAUUGUAAUCUUUGUGGCACCUGCAAUUCGUACUAUUAAGUUUUGGACAAAUAAUGUGGACUUCUUGUUUUCUCGAUGAUGCCACAACUAUGGACUGAUGGAAAGACCUUGACAUGAAAUCUAAACCUUUUUGGAAAUCAAAGGGAUGUUUAAUGUAAAUAAUGUGAUUUUUAUGUCGGACCAUGUUUUAUUUCACAUACAGCUAUAUAUACUUGUUGUAGGUUUAAUAUCAUUGUGUGCGAUGUGAGUACAUAUUUAACUCUCAGUACUUAGUUAGUCUGUCCAUUGUACAAUGAGUCUAGGAUUGUAUAAAUUGUGUAAAUGUGUUCCGUUAUUUUUGUGUAACUUUAUGACGAGAAAUUGUGCUUGUGACAAUAAAUUCUCAUGGAAUAUGUGGAUUUCAGUCAAA